GUCAAACUCUUAUCUUCUGAUACUAUCUUUAUAGCCCCCAUAUAAGGAUUUUCUCUUCCCUACACAAACACACUCUUUCUUUCUCUCUCCUCAGUCCUCACUAACUUUGAUUUAAGUAGCUUCCAAAAGAUCUUCCCUCCACAGUUUUUAUUAUUCACAUUCCUUCUCUCUCCAUUUCUUGAUCUUACACAAAAGCUCUAAGAUUUCUGAACGUACAUACGUGAUGCAAGGUUCCACAGAAGUUCCCUGUACCAAAGAAGCAGCUGAUCAACAACAAGUGAUAGUAGUGACUACUGGAGUUGGCGGUGGCGGUGGCGGCAGCUGUGGCGGUUGUGUACCUUCCUCAACUAAACCCAAUGACGUCGGUGUUGACGAGAAACUGAGGCAUACAGGUAGCAAUAGGCAAGCUUCCAUUGAAAUGGGGGAAUACAAUGGAGUAAGAUAUGCUGGGAUUGAUGAAGCUCCACCAUCACCUAGGGCUGAAAAAUCCCGAAAGGUUUCGCUAAUACCACUUGUUUUUCUCAUCUUCUAUGAGGUUUCUGGUGGUCCUUUUGGGGUUGAAGACAGUGUUGGGGCAGCAGGACCUCUGUUAGCUCUGGUGGGAUUCUUAGUAUUCCCCUUCAUAUGGAGUGUGCCGGAGGCAUUGAUUACUGCAGAAAUGGGAACAAUGUUCCCUGAGAAUGGGGGUUAUGUGGUUUGGGUAUCGGCUGCUUUAGGGGAGUAUUGGGGAUUCCAACAAGGUUGGAUGAAGUGGCUUAGUGGUGUUAUCGAUAAUGCGUUGUACCCCGUUUUGUUUCUCGACUACUUCAAGUCAGUAGUUCCUUUGGUGGGUCAUGGUUAUCCAAGGACUUUAGCGGUGCUCAUUUUGACAGGCAUCCUGACUUUCAUGAACUAUCGGGGUUUAACCAUUGUUGGGUGGGCUGCUGUCCUUUUAGGUGUGGUGUCCAUUCUUCCUUUUGUUGUCAUGGGACUUUUAGCGAUACCAAGGAUGGAGCCUUCAAGGUGGUUAGUUGUUGAUCUUCAUAAUGUCAAGUGGGGUUUGUAUUUGAACACUCUCUUUUGGAAUCUGAACUACUGGGAUUCGAUCAGUACACUUGCUGGUGAGGUGGAGAACCCAAAGAAGACUCUUCCCAAGGCUUUGUUUUUUGCCCUAAUAUUUGUUGUUGCUGCCUAUUUCUUUCCUCUUUUAGCUGGUACUGGGGCUAUUCCUCUUGACCGGAAUCAAUGGUCUGAUGGUUAUUUCGCAGAUGUUGCCAAAAUUAUUGGUGGAACUUGGCUAUGUUGGUGGAUACAGGGUGCUGCUGCAAUGUCCAAUAUGGGGAUGUUUGUUGCUGAAAUGAGCAGCGAUUCUUUCCAGCUUUUGGGUAUGGCAGAGCGAGGGAUGCUUCCUGAACUUUUCGCUAAGAGAUCACGUCAUGGGACCCCUCUAAUUGGCAUAUUGUUCUCAGCUUCAGGUGUAAUUCUGCUAUCUUGGUUGAGCUUUGAAGAGAUAAUCGCUGCUGAAAAUUUCUUGUACUGCUUUGGAAUGAUAUUGGAAUUUAUAGCAUUUGUGGUGUUGCGCAUAAAACAACCUGCCGUCUCUCGGCCAUACAAGAUUCCCCUUGGGACGAUUGGAGCUAUUCUGAUUUGCAUUCCUCCAACCUUAUUGAUAUGUGUGGUUCUGGCUCUUGCAUCAGUCAAAGUCAUGGUUAUUAGCCUCAUAGCUGUGGCAAUUGGCCUGGUGAUGCAUCCUGCUCUCAAGUAUUGUGAGAAAAAGAGAUGGCUGAAAUUUUCAGUAAGUAGUACUCUUCCUGAUCUUCAAGCAGAUGUCCAUGAGAACACCCGAUCUUUAGUUCCUUAGCAAGUUGCGAUGAAGAAAAAUGCUAACCGUAUCUAGAAUCAAAGUUGCAUUUGAAGAAAAUUCGAAAUGAUGUUGUAAGCCAAUGGUCUUUACAACCUUACAGGUGACAUGUAUGUGAGUAGCUUUAUUUCCACUUGUGUUGUUGCCCUUCUUUAUAUAGCUUCUGAUUUUGGGUCGUCGUUUUGCUGUAAAUCAUCUUUUUUAAUAGUGAUGAUCAGCGAGAUGACAAUUAGAAAUUCCAAAAGCACGGCUAUAGCUUUCAUCUAGUUUUAUAAGUUAUGACCUUUAAGCUUGGGCUUGCUGUCCUGCUUUCUUGUGAUCUACCAACAUCUUUAUCGUUUCACACCCUUCCGCCCAUUCUUUACCUGGAUAAGUGAAUUGGAAUGUUUUUUUUUUA